UACAGACCGCUAUCACUUCUCUCGUUUCUUUCAAAAAUUCUUGAACGCAUUGUCUUUAAUCAACUGUCUGUCUAUCUCUCACAGAACAACCUCCAAGACCCCAACCAGUCUGGCUUUAAAGCAGCUCAUUCCACAGAGACAGCCCUUUUAGAUGUCUCUGAGAAACUACAUGCUGCUAGAUCAGCCAAUCUCUCAUCCGUCCUUAUCCUCCUUGACCUUUCAGCAGCGUUUGAUACGGUCAACCAUAAGACUCUCUUAGCCACCCUCAGGAGUCUUGGGAUUUGCGGAUCAGCUUGGGAAUGGUUCGCUUCCUACCUGGAAGGACGCUCAUAUCAGAUGCCACAGCUUCUGACCGGAUCUCUGCAUGUCUGGCAGAAAUUUCAUCAUGGAUGACUGCUCAUCAGUUAAAGCUUAAUCCUAGCAAAACUGAGCUGCUCUUCAUCCCAGGUGAUUCAUCCCCAGGUCAUGAUCUUGCUAUAUCCUUGCACAACGAUCUGAUCUCCCCUUCAGCCACAGCUCGCAACCUUGGGGUAACCAUGGACAAUCAACUGUCCUUUUCCUCUCAUGUUGCUAAUGUGACUCGCUCAUGUCGGUUUCUUCUUUACAACAUUAGAAGGAUUCGGCCAUUUCUGUCCACACAGGCUGCUCAGGUACUUGUUCAGUCUCUUGUCAUUUCUAGACUGGAUUACUGCAAUGCACUGCUGGCAGGUCUACCUAUGAACGCAAUCCGUCCUCUGCAAAUGAUCCAAAAUGCAGCUGCCCAGCUUGUUUUCAACCUGCCAAAGUUCUCGCACACCACCCCGCUGCUGCGAUCCCUCCACUGGCUUCCGGUAGCUGCACGCAUCAGAUUCAAAACACUGAUGCUAGCCUACAAAGCCAAAAAUGGACCAGCUCCCUCUUACCUCAAAGCCCUCAUCACUCCUCGCACUGCACCCCGCACCCUCCGAUCUACCAGCACUGCUCGACUGGUUCCACCAUCUCUCAGGGUAAGAGGCAAGUAUACUACAAGACUCUUCUCUGUACUGGCACCAAGGUGGUGGAAUGAACUUCCCCUAGAGGUCCGGACAGCUGAGUCACUCACUAUUUUCAAGCGGCGGUUGAAGACCUACUUAUUCAGGAAACACUUCAACUAG